AUGCCGUCAUUCCGCGGCGUCGACGUCUUCAUCACAGCCAUUGGCGAGGCGGGAAUCCGGCCUCUGGAGGAGUACCCGCACCCAGAGAGUUCGUCGGCCACGCCGGACCGUGUCGCUGCUGCCGCCGAGAGCGAGCAAGAUGGCGAGACGAGCCAGGCCGAGAAGCAAGAGACGGCAGCAGCGGCACGACCGAGACACAGCACGGCCCCGAAACAAGAUUCUAGAAUCUCGGUUUACAUUGCAUCCCAGCCCUACGCCAGGUUCUCGGUAGACUACAAGAUCACGCUGUGGCCCCCGACUCCUCCGGGUGCCUCGUCGGACGUUAGGUAUCUCUUCUUCAAGGUCUUCAUGAACGGCCGUCGAGAAGUCGCCUGGGGCAUCGACCUGGAAAAGAACCGACGAGGCAGCACCGGCCAGGCCCUCUACUCGCCCGGCAAGCUGUACGAGUACACGGACGAACAGGGAAGGACCAUGAUCCAGCCCGGCAUCGAAGCGCGGCGCUUUGUCUUCUUACCCCAGGACAACAAGACCACCUCGGUCGCCAGCGAGGGCGGCCUGAUCGAAGUCCAAGUCUUUAGGUCCUACGGUAGGACUCGCCGCGCCCCGAACCCGCUUCCGUACCGCAGUCACGAGAACUACGGCGUCGCACUCAUGACAGACGGCUUGGUCAGCAAACCGGAGGAGAAUAGAUACUACAGCUACAGUCUGGCAGACCCUUCCGACUCUCCUUACGCGGCAUUCAGGUUCCACUAUAGAUCCUGGGCAAACCUCAACGAUCUCCAGAUCGUCAGCCAAGAUGAGCCCCAAGGUCCUGUCGAGCUCACUGGGAGCACUGCAGCCGAGGGGAGAGCCGCGCCAAGAUGCAAUCCUAAACUGAGCCGCCCAUGGGAGGACAUGGAAGAGUUUGGCUGUCACCUGAGCGACGAGGAGCGCAUGCAAAAGCGGCAAGCCGUCACUUGCGCCACUAAGACGGCCACGGUGAGCCGUACUGCCUCGAGCCGGAGAAGUAGCGAAGCGCCCACUGGCGAUAAAGAGGGCGGUGUCUCUGGGGGCUCCAGUAGUCGCCUCGACGACGACAGCAUUUUUGACGACUCGGAAGACGACGGCGCCCAGUCCCUUCGGAGCAACGAUCCCCUCCGCGGAAGGAGUUCGACUGGGGAGAGCUACUACUACCUCAAGAGCCCGCCCCAGCUCCGCCCACCCGCCUUGAUCAGCGGCGAUCGCAUCCCCCAGCCCAGCAAGGCCGUCCGGGACCGUGCUUCUCAGGAUAACCUCAACGCACGACCCUUGCCGGAUCUGCCUGUGCCGGACCUGCCUAGCGAUGCUGAGCCCAAGAUCUCAGCGACCAAGCGGCAGUCGUCUACCUCGUCGGGUACACCCUCAGUCGCCGCGUCGGUGGCGGCGUCCAUUGCGCCUUCGCUGCUUCCAUAUGUCGAGGGCGACGCGUUCACGACAGACUUUGAGUAUACGGCUGUCAGGCGGGCGGACUUGGAGAAGGGCAGAGCCAAUGAGAUUGAGGUUGGGGCUCAUGGCGACUCACCCUCAUCAUCGCACCGCCGAGCUACGGUUGAACCCUCGGGCGGCGGAUACGGAGCCGAGCAGGCGCCUGCUGACGGUCCUUGGGCGGGGGGCGGACUGGGCGAGGGCGCUCCCGGUAGCUCCGACUACGGCUCCUCCACCAAGUCGCCCCCAUCCUCGGACGACGAAUACCAGUACCCUCCAAGGGAGUUCGCGCCGCCGGUCUACUACUCCCUAUGCUCUCCCGGACACCGCUUCGCCUCGAUGCCCUCGCCCUCGACGGGCGCGCGGCGCGGGAGCUGCAGCGCCGGCGGCAGCCUCACGGGCGCGGGCAAGGUCAGCCCCAAGGCCAAGCAGCUCCUCGGCGAGGAGCUGGACUACUCGUCGAGCUUCGCAACCCUGGCCGACCCUACUUCGCUGGCGGCCACGGCUUCGUCGACCCCUCCGGCCAGCGAGGGCCGGCGCAGCGGCGGCAGCACGCUCCGCGCGUCCGAGGCAGAGUGGGCCAGGAGCGGCGGGGGUGCAGCGCCGGCGUGCACGCCCGCUACCGCCACCCCGGGGCUUCCGACGACGGCGUGGUCGCCGCCCGGGUCCGGGCACCAGAGGCGCCCGAGCCGCGGCAGCUUCCUGAGCAAGCUGUGGAGCCCGCGCCUGAGGUCGAGCAACAGCGCCGCCAGCGCCGGCAACAGUACCCGCGGCGACAGGGCGGCCGCCGCUGCCAGCGGGGAUGGCGAGCCGGACGCGUCGCAGUCUCCGCUGUCGUCGUCGCACUCCUCGUCGGCCCGUGCGCCGCCGGCCUCGAGGGGGCAGGCCAAGAAGACCACGGGCUCGAGCCUGGUGGUCGGGCUUGGGGGCUAUGUGCUGUAGCCAUGGACGCUACAUCAUCUGGCUUUUUACUACUUUUUUUUUAUCUUCUUUGGCUUUCUACCCGUGUAUAACCCGAACGCCUUGCGGAGAUCUUUGGGAGCGACUUGUUCUAAACAUGUAACGAACCUGGGAGCCUUUUGAAGUGAGGCGGGCUUCUUUUUUUUUCUCCUCUCCUCUCUUGGCGUCGCCUCUCCUGAACCGCCGCGAAAGUUCUUGGCGUUAGUCCCGUGUCCCCCUCAAGAGGGGUCAUCAUUCCGGCGUUGUGUGGAGGGGGGGUUGACUGGUGUUUGAAUUAUUACGGAGGUGUGAGGCUUAAAUAAUCUACAGUGGGGAGGUCACUCGUGAAGCGAGGGCAGGGGACAGGGUAUGCACUAACCAAUCGAUUGAAACGCGUGCGGGCUGAUUCGAAUUGGUGCACGGCCGGGUCUGUAAUUGAUUUUGAAAAAAAGGAUUGUAGGCUUAGGCCUUAUUUUGGUAGGGGGCUGAACAUGGGGUGCUACCUCGAGGGUGGCGAUUUCUUUCGCCUCCGAUCUCCGUAGAAGGGAAUGGGGCAACCAACCUACCUACCUAGGGAUUAGACGUUUUGUUUAUGCAUUUGUCCA